AUGCAAUAUCUAGUUGAGCUAAAUACCAUUGCGGGAAACUAUUUUAAGAAUGAAUUUGAUGGAACUAUUCUUUAUUUUUCACCAUGUGGAGGAACUGGCUCAGGUGUGUCUGGUGUUAUUUUAGAUAUGCUUGGUAUAAUUGCCCCAAAAUAGAAAAGCAUAGGAUUUUAGCUUUUCCCAAGUGAAAAUUUCUCUAAUAUGGUUGUUGAACCUUACAAUUUUGUGUUUAGUGGAUGUCAGAUGGUAACUAAAUUGGAUUUCAAUAUCUUUGUUACUAAUGAAAAUGCACUAUAGAUACUUAAGUCUUAUCGAGGAAUAGAAGCUCCUAAACAUGAGGAAGAUAAUAAGUCCUAAUCAUUUCAAACUACUGAUUAUGCUUAAAAAUAGCUAAUAAAUAGCAAUGAGUAUAGCUUAGGGUAUUAUAAUGUAAAAGCAGACCCUUCGAUUCCCAAUUUUUCUUUUGAUAUUACAACAUUUACGAGAGGCUCUGCCAAUAAGUAUGGAAUUAUUAGAGAAUAUUUAGGAUUGUAUUAAAAUGUUAAGUAGUCAAAAUAUUUUGGUCCUAAACUUGCUGAUCAAAGAAUAUUUUCUCAUUAUUUUAGUGACCACUCUGAAAAGUUUAACAUGAGUACGUUAUGCACCUCAAGCAAUAUAAUAACUGUACUGAGAAAAAACUGCGAUAAGUUUGAUAAAUUGUAUCCAAAAAGAGCAUACUAUCAUUAUUACGUUGGAGAAGGAAUGGAGACCGGAGAAGCAGCUGAAAAUAGAGAAAUAAUUGAAAUGGUAAUAAAGGAUUAUGAAGAUUUAUCAUAUACUUAGAGGGAUUAAUGA